CGUGUGCAGCGCCGAGCACCGCCCCGCGUCCUCACCCGGUAAAUAGCGGGCGGGCGGCCCGGGCCGGUAGUGCCGCCGCUCCAGCCCAGCCCGGUAGAGUCCAGCCCAGCCCAGCCCGCUCCCGCCGCCAUGGACCCCCAGGACUGCACGUGUGCCGCCGGUGACUCCUGCUCCUGCGCCGGGUCCUGCAAGUGCAAGAACUGCCGCUGCCGGAGCUGCCGCAAGAGCUGCUGCUCCUGCUGCCCCGCGACCUGCAGCAACUGCGCCAAGGGCUGCGUGUGCAAGGAGCCGGCCAGCAGCAAGUGCAGCUGCUGCCACUGAGCCGCUUGCUUCUGCCUGUAAAUAGCCGGCACGCCUCGGGGAUGGGGGGGUGGGAGGGGCUCCAAAAAGCUUAUUUUUUAAUCUUUUGUAUCUUCUGUACCAGUGGUGAAACUGGUUGAAAAUAAAGGAGUUGGACUGGA